AUGGACUUCAACGCCAGACCCGACUCUCGCGACAACAACCACUUCUACCACUACAACGCCAGCCUCAGUCCUCCGCAGCAGCCGCUGGUCAACAAUAGUAGUGGUGGUCAGCGGUCGCCACUGGAGCCGCAGCUGUGGACGCAGAACGACUAUUUGAGUCAAUACUACUCGCAAUACUAUCGCGACUAUUAUCGCCGUUUCCUCGGCCAACAGCAGCUCCACCAACAGGUGGCGCGCGCCACCACCACUGUUCUCAGGCCGCCCCUCAAGUACGGCAGCGUGCGGUGCCAUUCGCGCGCGCUCUUCUCGCAACACGACAACUCGCUGGUCGUCGUCGACAACACCCGCAGACGUCACGUCGUCUUGUAUUCUCUGCGCGAUCUGUGCGUCGAUUACGUCUACACCGCUCUCUCGCCACUCAUCAGAGACGGCGCGGCGGGUCUUCCCGUGACGUCACGCGACGCGUGUCUCCAAUGGUUGCGCAGUUUCGGCGAAUUCGCGCCGAACUUCGAGUUGAAGCUCGUGACGAAAGUGAUGGAAAUGUGUUUAAAGCAGAACCGCGUGGAAGGCCACGACCUCGCGGAGCUGUUGUUGCCGCACGUGCUCAACGCGGAACGCCUCGAACAGCAGUUCCCCGCGGAGACCGCGAGUAGGAACGCCUUCCGCGCGCUCCUCCUUCGCGGACAGCGCGCGCUCGCUCUGAGCCACGCGAUGGACGCCAACAAUGGACUCAUGGAUCACGCGCUCGCACUCUCAUACCUGUUGACGACGCGCGACGACAUUCGGCGCCGAAAGACGACAACAAUCAGCGAAUUAAUGAUGAAAACAGUGAAGAAGUUCUGCGAAACGCUUCACCCGAAAGAUCCGCUUCACGUGUUUUAUUCUUCGCUUUCGAACGAAAUCCAAAGGAAGACGAGAAUAGAAUCGGAAACGAGUUUCGAAGCGUUUCUCAUUCUUCUGUCGAACGAAAUGGACUUAAAGUCAAUUCAUUUGUCGCAAAACGACGACAUUUUUCCGCAAUUAUUAUCUCUAAUCAGACAUUUGGUGACAGAAGAGGAAGAAAGAGAGACUUUUAUAUUAAGCGACGAAUUAUUCGAUUCCGAAAUGAAUUCAAUUCUUUUGAACGAAAGUUUGGAGUUUUGUCUGCAUUUUGGGAAACAUUUUAAUCGAAAACUUGUGUUCAAAAAAGUGAAAUUAGUGUCAAUUCUCUUCGACUUUGGUUUUAUCGACAUUUGUCUCCAAUAUUUGCCGCAAUUGAAGACAUUCUCCGAUAAUCUCAUUAUUAGACGAAUUAUCUAUGAAUUGGAAUCGCGUUUUGAUAGAGACGUCGUCCCAUUGGACGCAGAGUUGACGACACAUGACGUCCACGACGUCUUCGCCGACGACGCGUCGCUUCACACCAGUGCUCAACAAUUGUCGUUCGAGACGACGCCCGAAGAAGAAAGUCCUUCAGAACAAACCCGUGAUAUUCAGACAGAAGCACCGCUUCUUGAACCACAAACGCCUCUCCCAUUGAAUCCGGGACUCGACUUCUACGGCCAAGUCGUCGCCCCUCCGCCGCCGCCUCUCGUCAACAAUGUGUAUAAUUCUGUCGUCGAUGCGACGCCUUCUUUGACGACAGAAUCGACAUUCACUUCAAACGACUUUUCCUUCAUUUCGAACUCCAAUUCUAUGCCUUCAAUGCCCUUCGAGUUCGAGACAAACGAGAGUGCGAUCCGCGAGACGACACUCAACGACACUCCUCUGCAACAGUCGUCGACGACGACAGCGCCGAAGACGACGUCCAACGACUUGGACGCCAAAGACGACCGACAGAAGAGUUCCGGCCUUUUGAGCAAACUUUUCAAUUUCAGACCCAAGAAUCAGGCCAUUCUUCCCGACGACUCGCACCCGACGCUCGUCUACGACAAGAAUCUCCAGCAAUGGGUCGACACGAGCGCCGCAGCGCCCAACGCGGCGGCCCCGCCCCCGAUGGCGGCGCCCCCCGUGACGGCGAUGGGAGGCGCGCCUCCUCUGAGCCGGAAAUUCGAAUUCAAUCGCAAUUCAAAGCGCUAUUUAGAUGUCACGAGAAUUCAGUGAAAAUCAGUUUUUAUUUUCGCAUUCAAAGAGAGUUUCGAAAACGACUUUCGACGACAAGAAGACGUCCGCGUCGUCGCUCAUCGCGUCCACCAAUUGUCGCGCUCUGCGAACCCUUUCCUCGUAAUCUUCUAAUUGUUGGGCGAAUAGAAAGUGAAUAAAAAUGGCGAC